AUGGAAGCCAUCUCGGCAAUCGAUGGCUUACUUGCAUGCCUUGUGUGCCUGGACAAGUCAAAUUCUCAGGUGAUGAGCCUGUUCAUACAUGAUCUGGAGACACAAAUCGGUCACUACUGGGAGCGCCUCCGACAAAUUGUAUCUACGCAGGCUACACAGAGCCUCACUGUCCUUUUCAACUCAUUCAAUUCAUCCACAACAUUCCUUGAGGUAGCCAUCUUCACCUUUCGCAAUAUCCUGGUUGGCGCCAAACCCGAUUCAUUGAAUGCCAUCUUCUCGCUCUGUAGUUUGUCAUACAUCGCUUCAUGCUGCUUACGGCGCGUUCGGCUUCAAACCGACGACAUUUUUCGCGAUAUUGACGUCUGGCGGAAUGCGAUUCGUGAUCCCCAAGAGCGUCAGACAUUCAGUGAUUUGGCUGGCAUUGUUUGGCAACAGGUGUCCCCAGUCUCGAUUGACAAUACCCUCAAUUCCCAAAUGCCGUCAAGCCUAAGGCCGGGGGCUUCUACUCAGCCAACCAUAGCCACCCAAAGCUCAGCACUUGGAUUCGACUUUUUGCAAGACGAAUGGCUAUUCGGUGGCUUGUCCAGUGCGGUUUGGGAGCCUGAUGUGAUGCCCGAUUCAUCGGUUGUUGACGUUGAGAACUUACACCGAACUUCAAGUACUCUCGAGGACUUGCAAGGUUCAGCAAUCGUGUCUAACCUUAUCUGCUUCCUGACAGAAUGCGGGGAUUUGCUCCACGUUUUCUCGGGGCGUGGGGUAACAACUAAAGACUUGUACUCUUGUAUCGCCUUCACUCAAGCAGGGUCUGAGGCAAAAAAUGUGGUCAACGCUUGUGUAAAGCGUUUGAAGAGUGGUUUUUCGUCCCAAAAUACGUCUACGGGUGGGAUUCUGUCUAUCGUUGAGAGAUUCGUGGAGCUCGGGUACCUGCAGACCCCAGAGGAGCUGCGCAAGUACAUGCUGUGCGUUGGACGUACAGUCAUACUUGAAGACGAAGCUUUUGCGACGUUUUGCCAGUCAGUCUGUGAAUUAACGGUCACUGUUUCAAGACCUCCAACGCCUCCACGGGCAACGCCUCCCCGUGGUGGAGGUCGACGCAGGGGACCUAGAUUAAUCCCAGGCCGGUGA